CGCAGAAGAUAUUGUGCGCAGACGAAGUCACUCUCUCUCUCCCCCCCUCCAUUAACCGUGGAGUUAGUAUAAAAGGGAGGAAGAGGAGAGAGACAAUCAACUUUGGUGUGUGUGCGGGUGUGUGUUUGUUCCGUAGGUUUUCUUCCAACAUAAUCUCAUGAGUCAGUGAGACUGACAGACAGACGGAGUUCACAGACACAGACAGACAAAGAAAGAGGAGGGAGGGAGAGAGAGAUGGGAAGGGCACCAUGUUGCUUGAAGGUGGGGCUAAGGAGAGGACCAUGGACUCUCAAAGAAGAUAAUUUGCUCAUCGACUACAUUCGCACCCAUGGCGAAGGCCAUUGGAGAUCCUUGCCCAAGAAAGCAGGGCUACUAAGGUGCGGGAAGAGCUGCAGGCUCAGGUGGAUGAACUAUCUCCGGCCAGACAUCAAGAGAGGGAACAUCACGGCCGACGAGGAGGACCUCAUCAUCCGCCUGCAUUCCCUUCUAGGAAACCGAUGGUCUCUCAUUGCCGGAAGAUUGCCAGGCCGAACUGACAAUGAAAUAAAGAACUACUGGAACUCUCACCUCAGCAAGAGAGUCAAUGCUGAUAAACCAUAUAGGAGUCCUAAGACGAGGAACGAUGCCACAAACAUCACGAAGCGCAACACUAGGAGUCCUAAGAAUGCCGAGGAGAUCAAUAUGAUCACAAAAAUCAAAGUCCACCAGCCAAAAGCCGUUAGGCUUUCAUUCUCGCCCUCGUCAGUGCUUCGAAAUGGUAGAAACUCUAGUUAUGACAAUUGCGUUGGUGAAAUGUCAGCGAGUGGGGAAGGUAAAUGUUUAGUGACGAAUCUAGAAAGAGCAGCAGAAGAUGUCGAUGCUGACAACGAUCAGUGUGAGAAUCUAAUGAUCUGCUCGGGCUGCAACGUCCCUUCUUCUUCUGGUCCCUGGCACGACGACGUCAAUCACAUUCUCCUGCCCGGCACUCCAAGUAACAGGGAGAUGCUGGAGAAGAUCUUCGAGGAAUAUCAGGAGCUGCUGAUGGCGGAGGACCACGUCCAGCUAGAAUCGUUCGUAGAUUCCUUGUUGGUUUAAUUAACUUAUGAACAUUAUUGACGUAACGGUUCAUUAGUACAGCAGUGGAAGGUCUUUUCACUUUUGUCACGUUGCUAAUCACUAGGUUACAACUCUCUCUAAUGCUUUUGAUAAAUUUGGUUUAGCCUAAUAAGACAUUCACGUGCCUACCUAAGCUUGUAGGUGAUUGAAGAUCGAACAUUGAAUUUGGCACGUGAUUGUCACGCGUUGGUUAGACAAUUUCUCACCUAA